CUACAACUGUACAACUGUUACAUAGAUGUGAUGACCCAUCACUCACGGUGCUGUGAAAAUGAGAUCUCUUUUGCUGAUAUGCAUCCUGGGAUUUUGUUUCUUAACAACUGCACUUUCCCUGAAAAUUUGCGCCUUUAACGUUCAAAGUUUUGGAGAAGCAAAAGCCAACAACAAAAGAGUUAUGGGGAUUUUGACAAAGAUAAUUUCCCGCUGUGACCUCAGUUUGAUUCAGGAAGUCAGAGACUCCAAAGGUGAAGCCAUUCCUUCACUGCUGAAGAAUCUAAACAGGUUUGAAAAAUCUCAUGUGUACUCUCAUUUAGAGAGCCAAAGAAUGGGGAAGAACACUUACAAGGAGCAGUAUGUUUAUAUUUAUAGGAAAGAUGUACUGCAGGUGCACGAGCAAGUCUAUUAUCAUGAACUGAAACAAUCAAAGUUCAGUGAUACCGAAAUGUUCUCCAGAGAACCAUUCAUCAUAAAGAUCCACUCACCAACAACCCUUGUGAAAAACUUUAUCAUCAUUGGCCAUCACUCAUGUCCUAGGAAAGCCAUGAAUGAGCUGGAAGAACUUUUUGAAGUCUUUCAAGCUGUCCGAAAGAAGUGGAAAACUGAGAAUGUGAUGCUCAUGGGAGACCUGAAUGCUGACUGUGGCUAUGUCACUGUUAAAGGCCUGAAGAUGCUCAGAUUAAGGAAUGAUUCAAAGUUCCUCUGGUUGAUUACAGAUGAACAGGACACCACUGUUCGUGAUAAAACACAUUGCGCUUAUGACAGGAUAAUUGUACAUGGAAAAACACUGAUUUCUGGGAUUGUACCAGACUCAGCUCAACCCUUCAACUUCAAAAGGGAGUUCAGUUUAACUGAACAAGAGGCUUUGGAAGUCAGUGACCAUUAUCCAGUAGAGGUCGACUUAAAGCCCACUCAUCACUACCACCUCCGGAAUGAGCUCUGAACAAAAACAACACAUUUUAUUUUUACUAUUUCUUUGAAUCCUUGAGGAGCUGUUCCAAAUUUGCU